UUAUAUUUAGUUACUGAUCUGAGCAAGGUCGAGCUGAAUGAUCAUGAAUGAAGAUUACAUUAAACAAACAAAUUCAACCCAAGCCGGUUUGCUUAUGACAUCACUCGAUAGCUUGAGAGAACAAAACAUUCUCUGCGAUUUCGAUGUGAAAGUUGGUGACGAAUCCUUCUGUGCUCAUCGCUGUUCACAAUUUUCUAGUCAGUCUGUUCAGCAACUAACAUCUACAAGUACUAGAGCAGAUACAGAAACUUCCCUGGGCAACACUCCAUCAAGUAGUCGCAGCUCUGGGAAUGCCGAAGAACCACAGAUGGGAGCAGUGGGUGGAUACAGGGAUGGCGCUUCAGAAUCUCAGUCUUCAAGUCAAGCUACUUUAUCUGGUCUAAGAACCAUCAACCAACAACCACCUGGUGGAAGAAUGUCAGUGAGAAGGUUGAGAGAACCACUGCCAGGAUAUAGAUGGGGUACUCUUGUCAUCACCUCAUUCCCUGCUGGAAGUCUGAAUGGUGUUUCAUAUGAGGCAAAGAAGUUCACUGAAUAUUUGCCUUCUUCUCAAUACCUCAGGAACUUGCUCCGGAAAGCAUUCAAUACAGGAUUGCUCUUCAAGAUUCAGAUAAUUGGAAGCAGCAGAGGAGAGAUAAUAUGGAAUGAUGAAUUUCCUCAUAAAACUAACAAACUUGGAGGUCCAGAUAACAAUGGAUAUCCUGAUGAUGACCAUGAGCGUAAACUUUGUGAUGCAUUGAUAGCAAAAUUAAAUGCAGCAGGAAUUGAAUACUAACAAUAGAUGAUCAACAAUGGACGUUGAACACUAUCCGGACAAUACUAUAUUGUCUCAUCCAUUGAUUUUGUAGUGUCAUUAUCAAGCAUUUCAUCAAGCCACUUAUAAAUAUUAUAAAGUUCGGUGAACUGCAAUAUCAGUCAGAAUGACUCAGAUAUCUUUAAAGGACAUUUUAUAUAUCUCAAGGCAAUUUUCAAGAUAGAACAGCAAACUUUGGGGUACAGUGGUAAAAAAUAAGUUCCUGUCAUUACCGGAACAGACCCUAAAUUGCCUGAACGGGGUGGAAAAUUAAUCUAAACCUACCGGAACUACCUAUAGCUAUCUUGUAAAAGUUGUGUAGAAAUUGAAUACUAACAAUACAAAAUCAACAAUGGACGUUGGACUCUACUUGAACAAUAUAAUAUUAGAACCCCUUCAUUACUUAUCGAUCUUAAGAUCGGUAAGUAUAUUGAUAGGUAUUUGUCUGUAUGUAUGUCUG